ACCCGCACACCCGAAAAUGGUUUUCUUCGUAUCUCACUUUUACCAUUUAUUAUUAGUCUCAUGAUCAAAUUAGUGAAAUUGUUUGCAAUGAAAAGACUUUCCAACAGUCUUAAAUUGCUUCCUUUUGCAACUGUGCCUCGUUUUCUUUGAUCAACUCCAACCAUUAUGGUUUUCUUCUGACGUCUAGAUCUAAGCCGAAUUAAUGCAAUUUUCACAGAUGACAUUUCAGUCAUUUUAGUAACAGUAGGAGAAAUGUCAUUAUUUUUGGUGACAGAAUCUGAUUGAUACAUUCCAUCUCUUCAUCAUAUUGGGCAUCUUUAAUUGUAAACGUCUAAUCUUAAAGCAACACGAUAUUUGUUUGACCUGAUGACCACCAUUUAAUCGUUGCGUUUGCAGAAUGGACAUGCACUCAGAUAAGCUUCGACAGCAGUUUGAAGGCCAGUUAUACAAGUACACCAAUGUUAUGAAAGGAUGGCAGCAUCGAUGGUUCGUCCUUGAUCCUGAAAUGGGCACCCUCAGUUAUUUCUUGAGUGAUGCUGAUCACAAACCUCGAGGAGUGAGAGGUUCUAUUCACUUGGCUGCAGCUGUUAUUUCUCCCAGUGAUGAAGAUUCUAACACUUUUACUGUUAACUCAACCACGGGAGAAUUCUACAAGCUAAGAGCAGGUGAUGCACGUGCAAGGCAAGACUGGGUGAACCGGUUGCGUGCAGUUGCUGAAAUGCAUACUAUAGCCAUAGCCCAGAGCAAUCCUCCUCUACCUCCGCGAGAACACCAUACUCUAAGCACAUCAGCUGCAAAUCCCAAUCCAUUAGUACACUGUACAAUGGCACUUCUUGAUGCAUUCAGCAUGGUUCGUGAUCACCUCCAGAAAGCUGAGCAUUGCAACAACCUCCUUGCGCGUGCUGUUGAGGACUUGCCAGUUUCAGGUCCUGGAAUGCUCAGUUCAGAUGCUGACCUUCUAGUCUUAAAGGCGACAACAAGUGCUACCUUGCAAUGCCUUGGACACUGCCUGUCUAUAUUACAACAGCAACAAUUGGCUCCACCUUCAACACCAGCCUUACCUCCUGUUUCUGCUGUCCCCGGCUCAUCUCAGUCCUUAUCAAGCGCUGGGAAACCACCUCUGACUAAAAAGAAUUCCCUCCCUACCAACACACCUGCCUCACCGUCUCACUUUGAAGGAAAGAAAAGUGGAAGCCAGCGGUCUCACCACCACCAUCAGCCAGUAGUAACUCAGGCAACACCGAUGCAGGGAGAAGCAUCUCGAAGAAAUGACCCUACUCAAAGCACAGUUCCUGUUGAAUUUGCCAAAGUUGAAGCUAGUUACAUCAGCCCCAGUGAUAGACAGGAUAUGAAAUUGAAAGAAAAGGAGAAGGAAGACUCAGCCAAGACAAAAGGAAAGGUGCAAGAGAGUGACCCUCUGGGCGAUGAAGAGGUGACCGACGAAGAGGACGUGAGGGCGGGAGGGGCAGGCGGCAGGACAUUCCAAGCUGAGGAAAACAAGUCUGUCAUUUUACACCUUUUGUCCCAGUUAAAACUGGGAAUGGACUUGACAAAAGUGGUGCUCCCCACUUUUAUUCUAGAAAGAAGGUCUCUUCUUGAAAUGUUCGCUGAUUGUUUAGGUCAUCCCAACUUCUUUAUAAAGAUUAUGGAGAGCUCCACAGCUGAAGAAAGGAUGAUGGCGGUUGUAGAGUGGUAUCUAACAUCUCUGCAUAUUGGAAGAGACUGUUCGAUUGCAAAGAAGCCAUACAAUCCAAUCAUUGGAGAAACAUUCCAUUGUUCCUGGAAGGUACAAACUCCUGAUAACAGAACUGACUAUGUCCAUUACACAGCUGAGCAAGUAUCUCAUCAUCCACCAGUUACUGCAUUUUACGCUGAAUGUCCAAGUCGAAAUAUGUGUCUGAAUGCUUCCAUUUGGACUAAAAGUAAUUUUUCUGGAAUGUCUGUUGGUGUGACAAUGGUGGGUGAUGUCAGUCUCCACUUAGGAGACUUUAGAGAGCGCUACGAUUUUACCUUGCCUUCAGCUUAUGCGCGCUCCAUCAUAUCAGUCCCUUGGAUCGAAUUGGGAGGCAAAGUGGUGAUCAAUUGUCCUAGCACAGGGUACUCGGCUCAUAUCAUUUUCCAUACUAAGCCUUUCUAUGGUGGAAAAGUUCAUCAAGUGACUGGCGAAGUCCGUAAUGAGGCUGGCGUCAACACAUGCAAGAUUCAAGGAGAGUGGAAUUCGUCAUAUGAUUUCACAUUUCCAGGUGGACGCACAAAUGUCAUUGAUGUGACAAGGCUCCCAGUAAUCCGCAAAAGAGUAAAACCUGUAGGGAAGCAGGGUGUGAUGGAAUCCCGUCGUCUCUGGAACGAGGUCACCAAUGCUCUUGCUGAGGGAGACAUAUCAAGAGCUACUGAACACAAAAGAAAUCUUGAGGAGCAACAACGCUCUGGGGAAAAGCACCGUGCAAUCACUGGAACAUCCUUCCCAACUCGGUAUUUCCAUCGGACAGAUGACGAUACAUGGAUGUACAAUAAUAUGUUAGUGUCAGUUUAAAAGGAGAACUAAUAAUUGGGGAAAUAAAGGUCCAUUGUUUUUGUUGAAAUUUUUAAUA